CCGCAGGACGCGCACAAGUCAGUGGAGUCAGUCCGCCUCCUGCUCCUUUCACCAUGCAGCCAACAGGACUCGCAGCCCGGCACUGAUAAGUAUUUCCAAAGUGGCGAGUAUCUGAGCAGAUCGUGCGCAAAGAGCGAGGACAAACUGUGCAUCAUUUUCUUUUUUUUUUCUUGGAGCUAAAAGAAGCCGGACCUGAGCGUCUCUGGAGGAAUUUUUUAUCCGUAUUUUUCUUUUUUUUUCUUAUCUAAGAGGGAAUAUUUUGUGUCCACGCUUUUUCACCGACAUGGAGUACACGUCAUCCCCGAAACCGCAGCUCUCGUCCCGGGCCAAUGCGUUCUCCAUAGCCGCCCUGAUGUCAAGCGGCAAGCCCAAUAAGGACAAGGAGACGGAGGAGAACACCAUCAAGCCUCUCGAGCAAUUCGUGGAAAAGUCCUCGUGCAACCAGCAGUCUCUGGCCGACCUGUCUUCCUUGGAUGGGCACGGGGACUUCGGCGGGAGCGCGCCCGCGGUGUGCACGGAGCCGCUCAUCCCCACCAAUCCCGGCAUCCCUAGCGAGGAGAUGGCGAAGAUCUCGUGCAGCUUGGAGACCAAAGAGCUGUGGGACAAAUUUCACGAGCUCGGCACCGAGAUGAUCAUCACCAAGUCCGGAAGGAGGAUGUUUCCCACCAUCCGGGUCUCUUUCUCCGGGGUGGACCAGGACUCUAAGUACAUCGUGUUGAUGGACAUCGUCCCGGUGGAUAAUAAGCGGUACCGGUACGCCUAUCACCGCUCCUCCUGGCUGGUGGCCGGUAAGGCCGACCCUCCUCUGCCCGCCAGGUUGUACGUCCACCCGGACUCACCGUUCACCGGAGAGCAGCUCAUGAAGCAAAUGGUUUCCUUCGAGAAAGUCAAACUGACAAACAACGAACUGGACCAACACGGACACAUCAUCCUCAACUCCAUGCACAAGUACCAGCCGCGGGUCCACAUCAUCAAGAAGAAGGAUCACACCGCCUCGCUGCUCAACCUCAAGUCUGAGGAGUUCCGAACCUUCGUUUUCGUAGAGACCGUCUUCACCGCCGUCACGGCCUACCAGAACCAGCUGAUCACCAAACUGAAGAUCGACAGCAACCCAUUCGCCAAAGGUUUCAGAGACUCGUCACGGCUGACAGACAUGGAGAGCAGGGAAAGUGUUGAGAAUCUGAUCCACAAGCACUCGUACGCCCGGUCGCCGAUCCGAACCUACGCCGGGGACGAGGAGAACCUGAGCGAGGACGGACACACCGCACACACCAGAGGCUCGGCGUUCACCGCCUCAGAUAACCUCUCCCUGAGCUCCUGGGUCACCACCACGUCCGGCUUCUCCGGCUUCCAGCACCCACAGUCCCUAUCGGCCAUGAGCACCGGCGCCACCUCCCUGCCCCACCCCAUCCAGGGCUCCCUGCCCCCCUACAGCCGGCUGGGCAUGCCGCUGACGCCCACCGCUCUGGCUGGAACCAUGCAGGGCAGCGGGCCGUCCUUCCCGUCCUUCCACAUGCCUCGUUACCACCACUACUUCCAGCAGGGGCCCUACGCUGCCAUCCAGGGACUCCGCCACUCCUCCACGGUCAUGACGCCCUUUGUAUGACUCCGUCCUGGGAAGGAUCUUCAGCCUGAUCCCCGAACCAGUUAUUUUUCCGCUCCGGCUCAUCACUCCUCAUCCUGUUUGUAUCUUUCCCCCUCGUAUUUGUAAAUAGUUCGUCUGCAGUGACGGAGGUGAAGAGGAUAUGGCUCACUGACGGCUAAUCCAGAAAAAGGAAAGACUGUGGCGCCUCUUCAGGACCUGCGGACACAUCAGCAGAACAAUUUCAGUGACAGUGUACAAACACCUCAAUAUGAACUAUAAAUGUGAGACGAUACAAGGAGCAUGUUUGGUCUCGGCCCUUGAAGAACAGAAAGUGGAUCCUAAACUUUAACUCAUUUCAGCGACAUUUAGAAGACCCGAACGUCCUCACAGGGUCUCCACCGAGGCUUUAAAGACGGCAGGCUGCUGAGUGAUCCUUCAAACUAAAAGUUUUGGAGAGACUCAUCUGUUGCUGCAGUAUGUUUUGACUCGGUUCGGUCUGAGUCUGUGAACAGUUCAGCAUUUCUCAGCUCUCCUGUUUUCUAGUCAGCCAUAUGUACAGUUCAGACUUAACGCUGAAAAUAAUGUCAGAAACACGUGUUAUUGUACAAAGAUGAAAAUGCAACAUUUACUCGUAGGAAAAUUCUCACUGUAGAGUGCAAAAAAAAAGAAGAAUCAUAGGACGCAUGCUGACCGCAGUAGACAAACACGCUGGGUAAACUUUAUAUGGAAUAAUAUGAAUAAGCUCGAACUUGCAACAGGUGUUGAAGGUGCUUUGCAUUCUUUAAAAGCCCGGUCGCACCAGCACAUUCUGCAGCAAAGUUUAUUCAGUUUAGUAAACUGGGAUAAAAUAAGUCCACACAACUUUUUGACCUGGGGUUGAACUGUAGAUUUAUAAUAUUACAUAGAUUACAGAUGUCGAGGUGGUGCCUAUUCAUGCGAAUGGAGUUGCUCGCCUGAAGCAGAAAGUUUUUAGCCUCUGGGUUUAUUUACUGAAUAUGCGCAUUAGAGAUUCUCCAGCUUUGAAUCGCUUUUCUCGACUCAAAGUUUCAUGGAUCAAAAAAGAUCUAUAAUUGACCUUGUUUGCAGUACCAUGUGUCCUGUCAACAUUGUAAUAGGCAUCUCAUUUAUAAUGGUGGUCCAUUUUUUUUUUUUGCUGUAAUAUUGUGAGUGGCCACUGUAAAAAACUUGGCCGCCUUCCUUCGGGGGCCGGGGUUUAACUUCCAAAAUGCAAAUUCCUGCUGUUGUAUUCUUGGGCUGGCUAUCAUUAGUCCAUUGAUACAUGCAUUUGAUCUCGAAAAAAAAAAAAAAAUUGUGUGGUUUUACUCGCAGCCAAUCACUGCACGUGUUCUAAAAAUUAAUGCGACGCGUAUGGCUCACUACUGCAGCAGCUUCAACCAUAUAGUCUGCGUGACGAAGUCAAGGUGACAAUUCAGCGAGCCGAGAUGCCAACAAAAUGUUUAAAGGUUUUGUUAUGGUGGCAUUUUACAUAAAUUAACUCUUCCAUUUACAUGAUGGCAUUUGAACUAAGUAGAAGACAAGAAGUAUUAUAGGUUUUGGUUAACUUUACUCAUUUCAAUGGUACUUUUUUUAAACGAUAUCCAGCCCUGUUGUAGAUGAUGUUAAUCUUUGCAAGAACGGAGAGUGGGAGAAUCGUUGGUGCUUUAUAUUUAAACACCUCUGUUGGGGUAUUAACAGCUUCGCAAAAGAGGAACGGAUUUCAAACUGUUACGAGGCAGGAACUGGAUGAUAAAAUAUGUCUUUUGAUUAAACUCUGUUUUGGCAGCAUAGCCACGAGGCUACUUCACUGACAGUUAGAGAGCAAUCUAACUAUUGGAGCUUUUUGUUGCUCUUCUCGAAUGAUAUGAUGUAAAAUCAAAACAAAGGUCAGAGGGAGUAAACUGUCCUGUAGAGUUACUCUGACUGACUGAUGUUAGCACGUUUGCCGUUCACUUGCCAGCUCAUUAAUUACUCCAAUUAGUCGCCCUGAGGUCUCCAAACCUAUAAAAACAACCUGUUCUUCCCCUAUGGUCAUCAAAUAUUGACAUUUUUCUAUGCUUAAUGUUAUGUUAAAACCACAUUGACUGUUGGCAUCACACAAGACACAAACAGCAGUCUAGUGGAUGAAAGUCCGGUUGUGUUUGACCCAUCUUCCUCCCCUCCAUCAUGCGCUGUGUGGUGUUUUUGCUUUUUAUACCACGUCACAGUGUCUUUGGUGUCAGUAUAACAUGCUUGGGUGCGUGACAAAGCACUGGUCUAUUGUGCAAACGGACUGUUAAAAUACUAUUUUGCAAAGACAAAAUGCACGUUUCUGUGUCCCUUACUGGUGUGACCGGGCUUUAACGAAGAGAAAAUCAACCACAAAACAUGUUGAGUUCAAAUCAUCAACGUCAUAUUUUAAUUCACGGUGUCCAUAACAGCGGCCCUCGUAAAUCUGUCUCCACUUGCAGAAAGUGAACUCACUGAUUAUGCAUUAUAAUCUUCUCAGAAACAUUUUGAAGGGAAACAGCUGUGUGACUUCAUAUUUUUCAUUGCAAACAGACAGCAGCUUCCGCACAGAAACAUCACAGUGUUUUCAGUCGCAGUCUGCUGGCUGCAGCCCUCGAGCAGCCAGUGUAAAGCAGGUGUUACUGAGCUGAUUCAUGGCUGCAUCGGCGCGUGUCGACAGGGCGUCCACACCUGGAAAAAAUGGCUCUCUGCUGCUGUCUGAUUGAAAACAUGCAGGAAGGAAGAAGCUGGAAGCAGCUGGAGUGGACUCACACUCAUUAUCAGUGCAGGUGCAUAAAAAUGGCAGCUCGUACUUUUAUUUUAAAAGUAUGACGAUAGAUGAAAUCGUAACUGAUGACUAGUAAAUGAUUUUGCUAUGAAGAUGCAGUUGUAAUACAGGAGCUCCACUGCAAACACUCUCCAUCUUAUCAUGUUGCUGGUGUCCAAAAAUCCUAAACACUAACAGAUUUAGCUUAUUGCCGAUAUAUUGGUGUUUGUGUUUAUAUCGGCUGAUAAAUGACAACAAACUGCAGUAAAGAAUAUAAUAUCUGAGAAACAUUAAGUGCUUCAAAAAUGACUGAAACUGUUCAUUAUUAUCAAAACACCUGAUGGUUGACCAACUGAUUAUUUAUAAAUUGACUGAUAUCACAUUAUCUGAUUUUUUUUAACUAAAUAUUAAUAUCUGUUGCAGCCUUGAAAAAUCCUGUAUUGAUCAAGUUCUACUACAAAUGCAGUUUUCUUAAGUCUACUAACACAGUAGCAUUCAUCUAAUAUAAACCAGCUGCAGCCUCAGUUUAAAUGUCACUGAAGUUUCGCGUUUCAUGAUAGAGACUGUUCUAGAAAAUCACUGAUUCAAGUUGCAAUGUACGAAAAACGGCUUUAAAUGUGACUUUUAAGGGUACAGUAUUUGACAGAGUGACAGGUUUUGGUUUUGGACUUUUUGCAGUGAGGCUGUUUUAUGCACAAAAUAAAAAAAACAUCAUGAAAUAUUUCAGCUCUUUGCAUCAUGAGAGCAACAUUCAGAUUCAUCAAAAGCGGCGCUCUAAGUAGAUUCAGGUGUGUGUGAUGGACAAUGAAGACAUUUAUAUGGGGGCAAAAUUCACAAGUAAUGGAUGACACUGAAAAUGUACAUCAUAUUUGUACAUCAUAUGAAGCCUGUUGCAGUUUAAAAUGGACAUAAACAUAAUGUUCUGACCCCUUGCAUAUCGCUCAUGUGCAAGCAGUUCAUUUUAUCUUAUCUGUUUACUGAGGAGAGACAAAACAUCUUGUAUUUUGACCCUUUGUCUUCAGUUUGGAAAUCAAAUCUCAGUCCUUUGCUGAUGUCCAACCUGAGCUUUGUGUGAAAACAUGAACUUAAUGUUGAUUUCCAUCUAUGUAAAUGUAAAACACUUGUUUUAUUCUUUUGAACCUUACGCACAGUCCCGACUUACCACUGAAAGAAUGAUCUCUUAUUAAAAUACGUUUUCUUUUGUAUGCCAUAACAUGAAUACGACACCUGACGAGGUUGUGUUUUGAUGAUUUUUAAGUGCAAUAUAUUUAUUUUGCUCUCUGGAAAUAAUGUGUAAUGUACUAUGCCGCAUUUAAAAAAAAUAGUUAUUUGUAAACCUUGAGAAAUAUAUAUCAUCACCAAAA